AUGGCUCGACUGUCAAAUUACCUUCUGACGCUCCUUGGGACCUUUGUCUUCACCCAAGGUACUCAAGCUUACGACUACCUCUCUCAUGCCCGGUCUUCUUCCGAUGCAUUGAUGCACUGGUACAAUCAGGCUACUGGAGUGUUCAAUGGCACAGGCUGGUGGAACAGUGCAGAGUGCAUCACUGCACUGGCCGACAUGCAAGGAAUCGAUCCGACAUCCAACUUUCAAGAUGCCCUACGGAACACCUUGGAAAUCAACAAGAACGUCUGGACCACGAAGAGCGACUUCUACGACGACGAAGGCUGGUGGGCUCUGGCAUGGAUUAAAGCAUACGACUUGACGCAUGACCAGGAAUAUCUCAACACUGCAGAGCAGCUCUUCAACGAUAUGGCCAAAGGCUGGAGUACCAACUGCAACGGCGGCAUUUGGUGGGACAAGGACCACACAUAUGUUAAUGCCAUCGCGAAUUCUUUGUUCUUGAGCGUAGCUGCUCAUCUUGCCAGUCGAACUCGCAAUAUCAAGUACCUCGACUGGGCAGUCAAGGAAUGGCAGUGGUUCGAGCAAUCCGGAAUGAUUAGCAAGAACAACACCGUCAACGACGGACUGGACGGCUCUUGCAGAAACAAUGGUUAUACCGUAUGGUCCUACAACCAAGGCGUCAUUGUUGGAGGGCUGGUUGAGCUGUCGAAAGCUAGCUUCGAUGACUCUUACAUCGUCAUCGCCAGAGAUAUCGCGUGGGCUGCGAUCGAGACUCUCACUGAUAGCAAUGGUGUUUUGCACGACAGCUGCGAAAAAGGCUGCGGAGGUGAUGUGUCUCAGUUCAAAGGCAUUUUCAACCGUAAUGUGGCCCAGUUAUACACAGCGACCUCGGAUCCUGGCCUCAAGAAGUUCUUGGAAACCAAUGCCCAAAGCAUAUGGAAGAAUGACCGCGACUCCCAAAACCGUCUCGGGCUCAAGUGGUCAGGGCCAUACGACAAAGCGGAUGCAUCGACACAUAGCUCGGCGCUGAUGGCUCUGAUUGCUGCCGCAUCUGUACAAGGUAGCUGA